UUAUGGUUAAGAGUGUAGGUCGGGACCAUUGGAUGGGACAGGACACCUGUUGAAUGUGAAGCGACAGCGCAAGUGGCCCAUCGGCACUAGGACCGUGUUGGAUCGCCCACUCUUCUAGAGAGUAGCUGUGAUCACUGUCCACGACGGACAAGUCAGCCAUCCUCACAAGGAAGCGAAGAAGCACCAUGCAAAUAUAAUAGUUUGCGAAAGACGUUAUUUUUUUUUUUGUCGUGGUACUUGCUUUCCAUAGGUUGUGAAGAUGGAUCGCUUCAGUGGUAAAGAAACAUCCGCUAGGCAGCAGACACCUGCAAACAAGAUUUGAGUCGCAAGCAGUGUUAUAAUGUUCAGCGCAGUCAACACGAUGACUGAUGGGGACUAUGAUUACCUCAUCAAGCUUCUGGCUCUGGGGGACUCUGGAGUAGGGAAGACUACCUUUCUAUACAGGUACACAGACAACAAGUUCAACCCCAAGUUCAUCACCACAGUGGGAAUAGACUUCAGGGAAAAGAGAGUGGUGUACACAGCGUCGGGCCCCAAUGGAACCACAGGGAAGACCUUUAAAGUUCACCUCCAGCUCUGGGAUACGGCUGGACAGGAGAGGUUCAGGAGUCUGACCACAGCAUUCUUCAGAGAUGCCAUGGGCUUCCUGCUCAUGUUUGACCUCACCAGCCAACAGAGCUUUCUCAACGUCCGCAACUGGAUGAGCCAGCUGCAGGCCAAUGCAUACUGUGAGAACCCAGACAUGGUGUUGGUGGGCAACAAGGCAGACCUGGCGGACCAGAGAGAGGUGCAGGAGGAGCAGGCUAAGGAACUAGCCGACAAGUACGGGAUCCCGUACUUUGAGACGUCGGCAGCGACGGGGUCUGAGGUGGACAAGGCGGUCCUCACUCUACUAGACCUGGUCAUGAAGAGGAUGGAGCAGUGUGUCGACAAGCCCACCGCCGAGCCCGCAAACGGGGGAGGAGCCACCAAGUUGGAGGACGCUGCGCCUGACCAGAAGAAGUGUGCAUGUUAGACUUGGCCCCUCCCACGUCCCCUUCUCCCUACCCUGAUUGGUGCUCUAGCACCCCCUCUGGUGGCCAGACACAGAAGUGCAGCAG